AUGCGUACAAUAGACGACAUUGAUAAAUUCAUAAGCGAUGGAAUUCCUGAUAAAGAGGUGGAUAAGUAUUUAUAUGAAGUUGUUUAUGAUGUGAUGAUUCAUGGUCCGUGUGGUCCUAUGAACAGAGAUAGUGUCUUUAUGAAUAAUGGACAUUGCACUAAAUUCUUCCCAAAACCAUUCAUGGAUAAUACUAUUGUCGACGAUGCUAGUUAUCCAAUAUAUAGACGAAGAAACGAUGGGAGAGUUGUGGAAAAAAGGAGACGUGUUUAUGAAGAAAUCAUUCACUCCGUGAAUCAGGACAAAGGUGGUAUGUUUUCUGUUCAUGGUUUUGGUGGUACUGGGAAAACUUUCAUGUGGACUAUUCUUGGUGCUGAUAUAAGGAGUUUGAACGAUAUCAUGAGAUGUGACAAGAUUUUUGGAGGUAAAGUUGUUGUGUUAGGAGGUGAUUUUAGACAGAUACUACCUGUUAUUACGGAAGGAGGAAGAGUAGCGACAGUUUUAGCAUCUAUCAACUCAUCUGUUCUUUGGAAUAGUUGUAAAGUUCUUAAACUUACCCAAAAUUUGAGACUUCGCAAGGCACGUAAUAGUAUGGAUGCGGGUGCUCUCGCUACUUUUUCAAAAUGGCUUCAUGAUAUCGGGGAUGGAAAAAUCAACGAGUCAGAUAGUGGGGAUGUGGAGAUCGAAAUUCUGGAAGAUUUGUUAAUUAAUACAAGUGGAAAUCAUAUUGAAGCAAUAGUUAAAGAAAUCUACGGUGAGCAUUUUGCAAGUAGGACUGAUCCAAAUUUCUUUAGUCAAAGAGCUAUUCUAAGUCCAAGAAAUGAUGAUGUUGAUAAGAUCAAUCAAUUUAUGCUUACCAAGCUCCCAGCUGAGGAGAGGCGAUAUCUUAGCUCUGAUAGUAUUGAAACGUCGGAUACAAGCGGACGUGAUGAUAUGAUCUACACUCAGGAAUUCCUAAACAGUAUACAAGUUUCUGGACUGCCAAGCCAUGUUUUGACGUUGAGAAUAGGAGCACCUGUCAUGUUGCUAAGGAAUAUAGAUCCUAAGGGAGGUUUGUGUAACGGUACGAGGCUAAUUAUUACUCAGAUGACCAAUCAUGUGAUCGAAGCAAGAAUCGUGACUGGAAAAAAGGUUGGUGAUAGAGUACUUAUUCCCUAG